AUGUCCCCUGACGAAUUGGAGUACUCAAAUCUGUUACCAAUAGCAAAUGUUGCUCGCAUAAUGAAGUCAGCGCUCCCUGAGAACGCCAAAAUUUCAAAGGAAGCUAAAGACUGUGUUCAAGACUGCGUGAGUGAGUUUAUUUCGUUUAUCACUAGUGAAGCAUCGGAUCAAUGCACUCAAGAAAAACGCAAGACGAUUACUGGUGAGGAUGUGUUGUUGGCUAUGUCUACACUUGGCUUCGAAAACUACGCGGAGGUGCUUAAAAUCUUUCUCACGAAGUAUCGAGAACUGCAGCAGCAGUCUCGUCUUGCCGACUCCAAAGAGAGCCGCAAGAAGCCCCGGACAGAGGGACCCUAA